UGCUAGGCCUGGGGAGUGAUUAGAGAACCGAGAGUGGGAAGAGGAAGUGGCGUUGUUAAUGGGUGUCACGAUGCCUCUCGUCUCUCACAAGGGCUGAGCUUGUCAGCCGCGUUCUAGUGCUCUGCGUGAUCGUCCCGUCGCCGAGCCGGCACCAUGAAGAGCUCCUCGUCCCUCCUCCUCCUCACCCUCCUCCUCCUCACCCUGCUCUCUCUGUUGGCGGGCGUCCGCGGCGAGGGCCCGGACCCCUCCCCCUCGAACUCCUCCGCCCUUGGCGGCUCCGUCCUGAACUCCUCCCCCUCGGACUCCUCCGCCUCGGACUCCUCCCCCUCGGACUCCUCCCCCUCAGACCUGACGACCCGGGGAGACCCUUCCGUCUCGAACCAAACCUCAGCCGCCCCCGGCUCCUCCCCGACGCCGGAGUACAGCGCCACCGACGGCCCGCCCCCGCCCCCCAGCCCGGCGCUCCCCGCUCAUACCUCCACCGCCGCCAAGCCCGCCGCCGCCGCCACCACGGAGCGCUGCAUGUUCCCCCGGACGCAGGGGCGCGUGGUGCUGAUGGUGGCGGGCGCGCUGACGGUGGCGUGCGUGGGCCUGCUGGUCACCACCGCCCUGCUGACCUGGAAGCUCUGCCAGCGGCGGCGGGAGGCGGAGCCAGACAGCGACCUCAUCAGCAACUCUGAGUUCUGGAUGGGCAGCGCGCGGCGCAACAAGGCCAAGCCACCCCCCGCCAACGACACCUGCCUGCUGCUCGGACUCCUGGAGACGAAGGAGGGGCAGCGGGGGGCCGGGGGGGCCGAAGGGGGCGACGGGGGGGAGGGAGGGGAGGCGGGCGAGGAGCAGGAGGGGAAGGGGGGAGAGGGGGAGGUGGACGCGGAGGCGAACGGUACGGCCGGCGUCCUGGCCCCAGCGGGGGGUCCCAGUGAGUCUGGACCCCCCGCGGACCCCUGCCUUGGAGGGGGGUCCGGGGAGGCGGUGUAGAGCCAGGGGGUUCGUGUAUUCACACACAACCGCUCAAGUUCAAAACAAACACACACACACACACACACACACACACACACACACACACACACACACACACACACACACACACACCACCUGCCUACAAAGCCACUUCCUGCCGGCGUGGUUGGGUACGCCGGCUGCGUCUAGGAGACGGUCCAACUGGACGGGGCUGCCAGGGACCGACCGCCAGGCCUCCGCUGUUCUUUGUUUCUGGGUCUGGGGGAGAAGUGCCCCCCCCCCCCCCCCCCCCCCCCUUGUGGAAAAAGUUUUGUUUUCUAUGAAUAAAUAUGUAAAUAAAUGAAUAAGAAAAGAAAACGAGAAGUUACGCAAAUGAUUAUUCCCCGAAACGAGUAUGAUUAUGAGUCAUGAUCCGCUUCAUUGUAGCCUGUGUGUGUGUGUGUGUGUGUGGGGGGGGGGGGGGGGUUGCGUGUGUGUGUGUGUGUGUGUGUGUGUGUGUGUGUGUGUGUGUGUGUGUGUGUGUGUGUGUGUGUGUGUGUGUGUGUGUGUGUGUGUG